AUGGCCGUGUCCCGACAGCGUGAGGUCAUCAUAUCAGAUGACUCCAAGGGUUGCCAGUUUGCCGCCAAAGACAAGGAGACACAGACGACUUUUAUUCAAGAGAUCAUAGCUGAAAUGGGCGUCAGAUAUUGCCAGAAGGAGACCAGUAUGAUAUCGUAUGAUUACGUGGACGAAGAAAGUAGAGUCUGUCAUCGUACAGGUGGAAGCGACGCUUGCGACUCUCGAGGCACUCCUCAUACAGGCAAGGAGAAACCCUCACUGAAUACGACGCAGGAAGUGCUCUUCCUCCCCACCAACUUAAGGAGACCUAUGUGUAUAAAUAAUACAAGUGAUACCAGACCGAGCGACACCCCCGAUCAAAGAAUACCAGAUGAGACUAGCAGCCCAGAAGCCAAUGACAUCGCAAGCCGUCGUGACACAACGCCCAGGGAAGCCUUGCCCCAGCCUCGACGAACACCGGAGAUGCCUGGAAUUCCAGGACUCCGUGUCUUUCAUUUUGAGACAGUUUCUCCCAUGUCUUGCUUGAACUCUCCUCCUCACUCGUGGGGCUUUUUCUUCUCUUAUCCAUCUGCUUUCCUCCUCCUCCUCCUUCCCCACCCUCCCCUCCAAUUCGUAUCCUUCCCCUCCUCAUCAAACUCUUCUGCGCCUCCUCUUCCUACACUCCCCUCCUCCUCCCCCUCUCCUCCUCCCCACCACUCACCCCUUCCCCCUCCCAUAUCCCCUCCUCCUACUCCACUUACCCUCCUUCUCCUCUCACCACCACUAACCUCCCUCCUCCUCCUUCUCCUUGAUCUGCUCCUCCUCCACUCAACCUCCUCAUCCCUCCUCCUCCUCCUCCUCCUCCCCUCCUUCCUCAUCCCAAUUUCCCCUCCUCCUCCUCCUUCUAAUUUUCCCCUCCUCUCCUCCUCUCCUUUAUCUGCUCCUCCUCUACUCACCCUCCUCCUCCUCCUUCUCCUCCUCCUCCUCCUCCACCAAUCACACUCCUUCAUCCUCCUUGUCCUCCUCCUCCUCCUCCUAUCACCUUCCUCCUCUUCCUCCGCCUCCUCAUUGUCAUCCUCCAACUCCUCCUCCACCACUCACCCUCCUUCCUCCUCCUGCUGCUCCUCCUCCUCGUCCUCCUACUAUUCCUCUUCCCCUCAUUCCCCUCCUCUCCUCCUAUUCCACCACUCACCCUCCUCCUCCUUCUCCUCCUUUUCAUCCUCCUUCCCUUCCAUUCAUUCCCUUCCUACCCCCUCCCCCUUCUCCUCCUCCAUCAUUCACCCUCUAUUUCCUCCUCCUCCUCUCUGA